UUUAUUCAAUCAUAAUACCGCUGCAUGACAGUUGUUUUCUGAAAAUUCAUAUUAGUGAUAAAUAUUUUGCAAUUUUACAUUACAUGUUAACUAAAUUAAUAAUUUAAAUAAUAAAUAAUAUUUUAUAUUAUAUUAUAAUUAUAUAAUAUUCAAAAAUGUUUCGUAAUCAAUAUGACAGUGAUGUUACAGUUUGGAGUCCACAAGGACGUUUACAUCAAGUAGAAUAUGCAAUGGAAGCUGUAAAAUUAGGAUCAGCCACUGUAGGACUUAAAAAUAAGACUCAUGCAGUCCUUAUUGCACUCAAAAGAGCUUCUUCAGAAUUAUCUGCUCAUCAGAAAAAAAUUUUUCCUAUAGAUAAACAUAUGGGAAUUUCUAUUUCAGGUUUAACAGCUGAUGCUAGAAUGUUAAGCCGAUAUAUGAGAACUGAAUGUUUAAAUUAUAAAUAUUCUCAUGAUGAUCUAUUACCUGUGAGUCGUUUACUUGCAUCUUUGGGAAAUAAAUUACAAACAUGUACUCAAAGAUAUGAUAGAAGACCAUAUGGCGUAGGUUUACUUAUUGCUGGAUAUGAUGAUCAAGGACCACAUAUUUACCAAACAUGUCCUUCAUCAAAUUAUUUUGAUUGUAAAGCAAUGGCUAUUGGUGCACGUUCUCAAAGUGCUCGUACAUAUUUAGAAAAACAUCUUAAUGAACUUCUAUCAUGUGAUCUUGAUGAAUUGAUAAAACAUGGCCUUUGUGCAUUAAGAGAUACAUUGCCAAAUGAGGUUGAUUUAUCAGUGAAGAAUGUGUCUAUUGCAAUAGUAGGAAAAGGUACAGAUUUCAAAAUAUUUGAUGAAGAUGAAAUUUCUGUUUAUUUAUCUCAAAUUGAAGAUGAUAAACGUAAUAAACCUACUGAACCAGAUGUAGAACAAGAUUCUAAACCUCCACAACCUCCAUCUUCUGAUGAAAAUCCACAAGACCCACAAGUUACAGUUGCAAUGGAUACAGAUUAAAAAUAAUGUAAUAUAUUUUAUAAUAUAUUUUCUGUAUACAUUUAAAAUGAACAUUUGUAUUUUAUGUUUGUAUUUUUCCUACCAUUAUAUUCAAUACAAUAAUAGAGUAUCAUAGAUUAUGAAAAUUUUGUUAAUUUUAAUAUAAUACAUUUUAUGAUA